GGGCCGGGGCUUGGGGGUGGCCGGGGAGCGGGGGCGGGCGCGGCUGCUGAAACCCUCUGCGAUCCCGCCCGCCUGCCCGCCAGCCCGCCCUCGGCGCCCCAUUCACUCCGCGCGGGCAGGUGUGAGCGGCCGGUCCACUGCCGGGCAGGCGGGCACCCCCGGCACUCGCCACCGCAGCUCCACGCCGCACCUCGCCGCUGCGCCUCCUCUCCGGCCGGGAGUUCGUCGGUCCGUGCGUUUGUCCGUCCAUCCGUCCGCGGUCCUGCCCGCCUCCCGCCGCUGCCACCGGCUGGGAGCUUGAAGCCCCUUGUAGUCCUCCUGAGACGUCUUUGCUCUGAGAUCCAGGAGAUCUUCAGGUGAGAAGGUGUUGAGUCCUCACACUGUAUUCCAGAUCGACUCAGCAAGAUGGGGUGCAAAGUGCUACUCAGCGUCGGUCGCCAGAUGCUGCGGCGGAAGGUGGUGGACUGCAGCCGGGAGGAGAGCCGGCUGUCCCGCUGCCUGAACACUUUUGACCUGGUGGCCCUUGGGGUGGGCAGCACGCUGGGUGCUGGUGUCUACGUCCUGGCUGGAGCUGUGGCCCGUGAGGAUGCGGGCCCUGCCAUUGUCAUCUCCUUUCUGAUUGCUGCGCUGGCCUCGGUGCUGGCUGGCCUGUGCUAUGGCGAGUUUGGUGCUCGGGUCCCAAAGACGGGCUCGGCCUACCUCUACAGCUACGUGACCGUGGGGGAGCUCUGGGCCUUCAUCACUGGCUGGAACUUAAUCCUCUCCUACAUCAUCGGUACUUCAAGUGUAGCAAGAGCCUGGAGCGCCACGUUUGACGAGCUGAUAGGCAAACCCAUCGGGGAGUUUUCACGGACACACAUGGCUCUGAAUGCCCCCGGGGUGCUGGCCGAAAACCCUGACAUAUUUGCUGUGAUUAUAAUUAUCAUCUUAACAGGACUUUUAACUCUUGGUGUAAAAGAGUCUGCCAUGGUCAACAAAAUAUUUACUUGUGUCAACGUUCUGGUCCUGGGCUUCAUCAUGGUGUCAGGAUUUGUGAAAGGAUCGAUUAAAAACUGGCAGCUCACGGAGAAGGAUUUCUGGAAUACAUCUGGCCAUCUCUGCUUGAACAAUGACACAAAAGAAGGGAAACUCGGAGUUGGUGGAUUCAUGCCCUUUGGAUUCUCCGGUGUGCUGUCGGGGGCAGCAACCUGCUUCUACGCCUUCGUGGGCUUUGACUGCAUUGCCACCACAGGAGAAGAAGUCAAGAACCCCCAGAAGGCCAUCCCCAUGGGGAUUGUGGCAUCCCUCCUGAUCUGCUUCAUCGCGUACUUUGGGGUGUCUGCCGCCCUCACGCUCAUGAUGCCGUACUUCUGCCUGGACAAGGACAGCCCCCUGCCCGAUGCCUUCAAGCAUGUGGGGUGGGAAGGCGCCAAGUACGCGGUGGCUGUGGGCUCCCUCUGCGCUCUGUCCACCAGUCUUUUAGGUUCCAUGUUUCCCAUGCCUCGAGUGAUCUAUGCCAUGGCUGAAGAUGGACUGCUAUUUAAAUUUUUGGCCAAAAUCAAUGACAGGACCAAAACACCAAUAAUCGCCACAUUAACCUCUGGUGCCAUAGCUGCUGUGAUGGCCUUCCUCUUUGACCUGAAGGACUUGGUGGACCUCAUGUCCAUUGGCACUCUCCUGGCUUACUCUUUGGUGGCUGCCUGUGUGUUGGUCUUACGGUAUCAGCCAGAGCAACCUAACGUAGUCUACCAGAUGGCCAGAACUACUGAUGAGUUAGAUCAAGUAGACCAGAAUGAGCUGGUGAGCACCGGUGACUCCCAGACGGGCUUUUUACCAGAGGCAGAGAAUUUUUCUUUGAAAACCGUACUCUCACCCAAAACCAUGGAGCCUUCCAAAUUAUCUGGGCUAAUUGUGAAUGUGUCUGCCAGCCUCAUAGCUGUUCUGAUCAUCACCUUCUGCAUCGUGGCCGUGCUUGGAAGGGAGGCUCUGGCCCACGGGGAGCUGUGGGCAGUCUUGGUGCUCACAGUGUCUGCCCUCCUCUGCGCAGUGGUCACGGGCAUCAUCUGGAGGCAGUCCGAAAGCAAGACCAAGCUCUCGUUUAAGGUGCCCUUUCUGCCAGUUCUCCCCGUCCUGAGCAUCUUUGUGAAUGUCUAUCUUAUGAUGCAGCUGGACCAAGGCACGUGGGUGCGCUUUGCAGUGUGGAUGAUAAUAGGCUUCAUCAUCUACUUUGGCUAUGGUCUCUGGCACAGCGAGGAGGCAUCCCUGGCCGCUGACCAAGCAAGGACUCCUGAUGGCAAUUUGGACCAGUGCAAGUGAUGCGCAGCCCCACCCCCCGGAGGUGGCAGCAGCCCUGAGGGACACCCCCAGAGGACCGGGAGGCACCCUGCUGUCUCCACCGCUGCAGCAGGAACCACCCACAUUCAUGAUGCCCCUAGUGCAACCCAAGGUGCAAUGACUUGAACCACAGCCUCAGCCACAGCUUGCGUGUUCUAUCCACACUCCACUCUGCGGGCGGCUAAUGAGGCCCUGGCCCCCUCCGGACAGCUCCGUGGCUGGGACCACUUGGCUGAGGCUGGCUGCCAUGUCUCCUCACUUCUCUCUGAACAAGAAAGCUGCGCCUCUCCUUGCCAGCUCAGCGUCCGGGCUGCUGUGGCCUCAAGCAGGAUGGAGGUCCCCUUCUCUCCUGAUGGGGGAAUCCAGGCCCCUCCCUGGGGACUGUUCUGGUAUUGACAAUGUGCAUACUCCAGCCUUGUAGCCCUCUCCCUCUGCCCCAAACAGCUGGCCAUAGAUGCAAGAUGAGUACCACAAAACUACGUCCCCAGCACUCGCCACCCACCCCAGCCCAGCAGCAGCUGUUCACUUACAAAGGGCAACCAGGACUGUUUCCUACUCCUGCUUCUGCCAUCUGAGUUGCUUCCAGAUGGGGCAUUGGGACUGGGCCCCUCCCCACCUCCCUUCCCAGCAGGGCUUUGCUCUGAUGGCACCAACGGCCCAGCAGCAGGAGUGAGGGCAGGGGUUUGUCGAAGACAAGUAGGAAGAGGUGGCUUCCUUUGGGAACGAAGGCGAGAGGGCUGGGGGAGGGCUGGCUCCGUGCAUGUGUGUGUGAGAGCCGGAGACAGUCUUCGGCCCUGUCCCCUCCAGGCCUGGGCCAGUAAGUGCUGCUCCUGGCAUCUUGCUGCUGGCUAUGCAUCUUGAGUAACUGGAACAUGAGACUCUAUUUGUGUAGGAUUGGCCUCAAAUAGGCAGAGUUUAGAACUCCAUUUUCUGUGGUCUCUGCCAUUCACUAAAUCUUGCCCUCCAAUGCUUGCAAAUCUCCUGGGUCUUGUAGGCUUCUCAAGGCAGGUGGCAACUUGGUCCAGGGUCAUGGCAAGUUGGGGUCAUAACUCUGGCCCCAGACAUGAUCUGCUUGGCCUCUUUCUUGUGUGUAAUGAAAGUAAAGCCUCCUGUUAGUUGCUGGGAACCACUCCACUCAAUUAAGUUGGGGCUUAACAUUAACUUGGAAAAUGGCCAGAUAAUUACCCCAUGUCAUGGUGUGUCAUCUUGGGGAUGUGGUCUGCACAUGGGGUGGUGGGCAGUCAUAUUGCUGUCCCUCUCAUGCAUCUGUCAUCCAAAUGCUGCAGCUUUGUGUUCGCGGUGAGAUUCUAACCCUGCCCGGGACCUCAUGCUUCUGUAAGUUGGAGAGCCACGGGCAGGUGCAGCUGAGACUUGGCCAACCCUCCGUCCACGGCUCCCUGUGCCUACUGUGUGCUCCACCCCACUCCUCUCCUGCUCAGGGUGGGGCCUGGGGCCAACACCGUUCCACACACUCCUCGUAGGUGGAAGCCAGAGGAAAAAAUGCUGACGGAGCCUUACUUCCAUUUAGAGUAUCAUGCAGGAGACAGAAGGGUCCUGGGUUGAUGGGAGGCCAGCAUUUUGGACAAUGCAGGAAAUGUAAAUGCUGCUUUUGAAGCUUAAUUUCCCAUUUGUUCCCAGUCUGGCCUUUGACACACAUCUGGUAAAAAGAAGCCUGAUAAAUCGAUGGCAUUUGUCUUUCUCCCUGUGCCACGGAAGGUUCUUGGAGAGAGACGCAAGAGCAAGGGAGACGGCUGAGAGGCUGGGUCAGCCGGGGACAGGGGUGGCCAGGCGCUCUGACCUUGCUGGGGGUGGCUCUCUUCUAAGUCUCAUUGCUGGACGUGCUGGAGGAGCAUCAUAUGAGCCCAAAGCUUAGAUUUCCAAAGAAAGAUAUUUAAAUUUAUGUAGAUUGGUGCUGUAAAAUAUUUUGAUAAAUAUUAACUUAUUUUGUUGUAGUUUUGGUUGUCUGUUGUCUUCUUAGCUAUUUGUUUGCUUGAUUUUUUUUCCCUAUUAUUUUUCUACAUAGGCAAAGAGAACUUGAGGGAAGGAGGGUAUCCAAGGAAGGUGGUUGGGGAGAGAAAUUUUUAAUUUCCCUUCCUGGCUCAAAUUUCCAUGCAAGACAGCACCCAACAGACUGUUUACACUUGACACGUCAGCUCGCUACGCGUAUCCUUCUACAGACUGAAAGAAAGGGUGUGCUCCCAUGGCGAGGGUGUGCUGGCUGGGGACCGUGAGGCCACUCGCCUCACUCGGGAGCCUGCAGUGGGGCGCGGAAGCACGCACAGGCUCUGUAGGGCAGAGCCACCCCUGCGCCCUCCCAGAGUAGAGGAAGGACGUACUAGUCAAGAAAGGUCACCUGAGGGCAACUUGCAUCCGUAGUUCAUUGAUCCCUGUGCUUUUAUGGAGUAGUUUUUGUACAGUGGCCAGAGGUUUUCUCUUCUGUGUGUGAGGGCAGUAGUAUAAGUAAUGGUGUUUGGGGUGAGCCUCACAAUUUUAAUAGACUUUUUAAUAUCACAUCCCUCAUUCCUUCCCCUGAAAUAAACACACACACACACACGAGCAAAAACACAAAAACGAACGAUUGUUGCCCAGUAAGAAUAUCAUUCUCAGUUUCCUGGCUUGGCCAGUGUUUUCCUGCAUAGAACUUCCACAUCGCAGGAGACGCACACCCUGCAGGAACAGUGUGUCUCCUGUCAGACUGUCUGUACAAAGCCCCAAAUGCCCGCAUUGGAGAGACAUUGGUGAUGAGUAAGUGUCCCUUCCUGUCUCUCAUACCCCACCACCCUGAGUGUUUUUGUGACCCCCAAGGGUACAAAUUCAUGAAGAAGCAAACACAGCAGAGCCCUCCCUCAGGACCUCUUGAAGAGGGGAAGGGGGUCUCUAGGGAAGCAGCGGGGCCCCUGGUGACGUGAACCAGCUUCCAGGAAGGCAGCACAGCCUGGGUGGGGGGAGAUCAGGCCUCUGAACACCCCGCACUCAUCCACCCUACCCAUCACCCCUGCCCACACCCUCAGCCAGGGCUCUGUGGAUCUGAUUUGUUUUUCCAAACCAAGAGGGAGAAGUGACAGGCUGCUUCAGAACAAUUAUGAAAUGUAUGUUGUUGUCAGAAUUGUUCACAUUUCUCCCCACUUUUGGUUUUGUUUUUGCAGCAGCUAAAACUCUCUUCCCAUCAAGUCUCUUAUGUCUUAUCUAGCAGGUGAGCAGCCGCCUGGUCCUGUGUGCUGAUGCGAUGAUUUGGGCACCACGCACUGCCCGCCUGCCUGUGGCGUGGUGGCUGGGAUAUGCAGAGAGUCCAGAGGUGACUGCAGGACCGGUGGGGCACCCAGGUUUUCCACCCAGGCCAGUGGCCAAGGCCCUGACAUACUCCCUCCCGUGCCUUUGGCACACCCGCCCACUGUGUUGUCUGUGGAGACAGGUGGAGAUUCAGCAGCUCUUGUCCCUCAGCCUCCCACAGCAGGCAUUCUGCAUUGGCCGGUGUUUGCAGUCCCACACAGUGUGGCCUCUAGCCUGACACUGGGUGAAGACUGGGGACAGCCGUGAGUGCUUGCUGGGAGGCGUGUGGACAUGCAACACCCAGACUUGCAGGCAAGGUCAUGGGUACCACCCGACAUGCACGGCCUUACUGCUAGAGAAAACCUGCCUGGCUCCAUGCCAGCCCUGUCUUUUUUGAUUUGAGCAUCCCGUUUUUACACAGCCACUUCUUUCUUUCUAGAAAGAGCCGACAGUUGUGUUGGCACCAUGGAGACAGGGAGUGAGGGUCUUGAUGCGGGGCCCCAGCCGCGCUGUGCUCUGGGAUGGGUGAGAGGCGUGUGUGUGUCUACGCUCUGGAGGCCUCCUGAGUUCCUGGGAUGGGAAGUUGCUGGGCAGAGGAUGUGACGCUUGUGUAUGGAAUUGUUAGAGUCCAACUUUAGAUGGGAUCGAAUAUAUGUUAUGUAUAAUUGUUGUAUAUAAUUUAAAAUGUGUCUGUUUGCCAUCAUGAUGGGAGGAUUAUGUGGAAGGCUCCUAAGGGAGAGUGAGAUGUACAUUUUAUCAGAUGCUUGUGGACUUUUUUGGGGUAAUGAAAUGCUUUAUUGAUCCACUGGUGCAAAAAGCUAUACACCAUAUGUCAUUGUAGUUUCAAUACCUAAUGGCUUUUUAAAGCAAAAAAAAGUCAACUGACUUUCAUCUUCAUCACUCUGAUGCAGUCUUCUUUUUUUGUGCCCAUUGCUGCAUUAAGCUGCAUCGCUGUUUUUCCGAAGGGACCUGGCUCAGCCAAGGAGCCGUCCUGGAUGGUCUUACAGAUGUGUGGAACUGCAGGCUGAGAAACCCACGGGAGACGAAGACCUUGGCCAGGCUUCACGGGAAGCCCAAGCAGAUUUUCUCAGGGUAUUAGCUUGUGCAGCAGUCAGGAAGCAGGACCAGGAAGGUGCAUUUAGACUUCAUCAACGAGGGAUGUGAUUUCAUGUUUCUUGAUGACAAACUUUUAAGUUUGGGACUUACUUUCCCACUUGAGAUGUAUAUUUAAGAUAAAUUUCCUGCUUAAGUUGUGCCUUUCAGCUUCGUGGGUUAAGGAGCAUAAGGGGAAUGAUAUAAUGUGGGUUGGUUUAUUAUCAAACCUGAAUAGCUGUGGUUUCUCCAGUAAAUUUUUUCUUCUACUGAACACAGAGCCAUUAUUAAAAGAGUUGUGUGUUUUUUAUUAUGUAAAUUGUAUAAUAUUUUUUGCUUAUUUGAUGUUCUAUUUUUCUAAUAGUUUUCUCAUAGUUUCUUAUAAUUGUGAUACUAGGUUUAGAUUCUGAUGCUACCUGCAAAUCAGGUUGGUCUCUGCUGGGUCCCUCCUGUUUCCAUUUUAUUUCAAGGAAAAGUGCUGGUGUCAUCCAUCACCUUUACAAAAAUGUGAAACUCUGUAUCCCCUUUUUGCUGACAACACUGUACGUUGACAACUUCCUACCAUACUUUAUGUUGUAAAGUCAAACUAUUUUGUGGUACAUUAUCUCAUGCUUUCCCAAAUUCUAAUAAAUUUCGUCUAUGGCUUCCAUGUA